UUGCCUAGCUGACGCUGAUGAUACAUCUAAGUCAUUGCUAGCUCUACGACUAAUGGGUCGCGAUAUUGACUUCGAGCCCAUGCUGGCAGAGUUCGAGAGAUCAACAUACUUCAUCACGUACUAUGGUGAAAGGAACGCCAGCAUCAGCGCAAAUUGUAAUGUUUUGGCAGCGCUCUUGCAAUCAGGAAACGUCGCCAAAUAUACUUCUCAGAUCUUGAAGUGUGCUGAAUUCCUCAAUAAUGCAUGGAGAAGUGGCAAUGUUCAAGAUAAAUGGAACAUCUCCAAGAAUUACUCCAUGAUGCUUCUUACUCAAGCUUUUGUACAGCUACUGAGGGCGUGGAAACUCAAGCAACUCGAUUCGGACACCGACCUAGAGGCUUUAAUGCAAUCGGUGAGGGCAACUUUGCUAGACGUAUAUGUUCAAACGGUCCAGCAUCAGCACGAGGACGGAUCCUGGUCUUCGAUGCGAGAAGUGACUGCUUAUGCAAUUCUCACGCUGUCAUCGCUGGUAGAAUUGCCAUGGAAAGAUUCAAUACGAGCGACGGCUGCGGCCUCCAUUGCAAAAGGCAAGAGUUAUCUCCUCAAGCACCAGAAUUUGUGGGCAGAAGCGGAGUAUUUGUGGAUCGAAAAGGUUGCAUACAGCUCGAGCAAUCUGUCAAAUGCCUACUGUCUCGCGGCCGUUGAAGCAAGUGGGCCUAGGGAGAGGUUGGUAAAUGACGACGAGAUGGCUUUCGCAAAGUCCUCGGCCCAUAUUGCGAAGUACACUGGACUCUUUAAGGCACUGAAACCCUUUCAGAAUUGUCCAGAAUGGAAGUUGGAGGCCUCUAUGAUGCAAAGCCAGCCUUUCGUCGCCAAUCUCAAAAGCAGACAGACCCGCAUUUUCCCUGAAAUGGGAAAGAUGAAGAGCCACAAGUACAUGGACAUGAUCCCACUGACUUGGAUCGGAUGUAAUCACGUGCGAGACCAUGGUGUCUCCAGUAAAAUGUUGUGGGAAAUGAUGAUGAUCUCCAUGUUGAACUAUCAAGCAGAUGUUUAUAUGGAAAUGGUUGUCGGGGACAAGUUAGAUGGUAGCCUAGCCGAAGUUCGACGCAUCAUCGACAGAGCCAUUAAAUCACCGACCAGGGUUUCUGGAAAGAGAAAAGGAGAACAAAAAGAUGGUCAGCAGAACGGAUCUGUCUCUGACGAGACCAACGAAACAAAUCCAUAUGGGCAUAAGCGGGCCAAGAUGAAUGGAUCAAACGGUACACAUAUAAACGGUGGUCCAGUAACGGAUGCAUGCCAGUUUGAAAGUGGCUCUAGCCACACGAACGGAAUAAAAGAGUGCACUUCUGACAACGGCACAUCAAAUGGCACAAUGCCCUCCAAAGGCGUUCUGGCCGAGGUUGAAGUGACCAUCAACGCAUUCACGACCUACGUCCUCACACAUCCUUCGGUGAUUCGCAGCCCGUCUUACCUGCAAAGAUGGUUGGCUCAGUCCUUACACGCCUUUCUCGAUGCGCAUAUUACGCAAAUCGAAGACUGCAAGCUCCUUUCUGAUGGAGAACUCCCGAAAGAAACUUACUACAACUGGGUUCACACAACAUCUUCCAACCAUACUAGCUGCCCCUAUUCAUUCGUAUUCUAUCUUUGUCUCUUACAUGGUACACGAACGGGAAUAGGGAAGACCCCUGUCGACCUGUUUCCCGGAGCCAAAACGAAAUACAUGCUUGAAGAUGCCUGUAGGCAUCUCGCCACCAUAUGCAGACAGCACAACGAUUUCGGUUCUGUGGAAAGGGACAAGGAAGAGGCGAACCUGAAUAGCGUCGACUUCCCAGAGUUUGAUGGCACCCAGGAGAGUGAUAAGGAUGCACAUCGAAGCGACUCCGCGGUUGAGCAGGCGAAGAAAGAGGUUUUAGUCAUAGCGAAGUAUGAACGAAAAUUCCUCGACUUAUCCCUAGCAGAGCUUCGAAAGAACGUGAAGCAGGAUGUUAUGAGGGAGUUGAUGCUGUUGUUUCAUGUCACAGACAUAUAUGGCGAGAUUUAUCUUGCUCGGGAUAUGUCACCUUCACGGAGUUCACUCCAAUAGAGAUGAUGCGAUAUCCCAUAUACAGUCACUCAUUUCUGACGGUAUGUUACGCAUAGAGCGAUGUAUGCUACGAGGAUAAAGAUGGAGAUACAUUAAAAUGAUAAGGGGGAUGAGAGAUCAAGGGAUUUUUCUCCUCGCCUCUUAAUCUCAACUUAGAUAGAUCG